CCGAGUGGCAUUUAGAGGCCUAUUUCCAAACGCAUAAUAGAGUCUAAUACUCUAUGUACAGUAAUAUCAGUGUUCUUCUAAAACGCUAAUGAAUUAAUAACGACAUUUCAAUAGUGACGACAAGGCUAUUCACAGUUAUAUUGAGUAUGGCUCGUCGUGUUGCAGUUGUUACGGGUGCAAAUAAAGGAAUCGGCAGGUCAAUCGUUAAGCAUAUGUUGGACCGAGGCUUUCAGGGUGAUGUGAUACUUACGGCCAGAGACCAAACGAGGGGAACUGAAACGGUUGAAGAAUUGUCGAGAUUAUGCAAAAAAGCACCGCUUUUCCAUCAACUCGACGUUACCGACAGUGUUUCGAUUGAGAAGCUCAGGGACUACCUGCAGAGAGCAUAUGGCGGGCUUGACGUAUUAGUCAACAAUGCUGGCAUAAUGUACUACCAUGAAUUAACAACAUCAUAUGUAGAGCAAGCGGAAGCCAUUAUUAACACGAACUAUUUCGGAAUUCUCAAUACCAGCAAAAGCCUUUUUCCUAUCUUGCGGCCGUCUGCCAGGAUUGUUCAUGUCUCCUCGAUGCUCGGCCACCUCAGCAAAAUACGAAACCCCGAACUUCGUGCACGUUUUGCUGCAAAAGAUUUAACAGAAGAGAAAUUGACUGCACUGAUGCACGAGUUUCUUUCUGCUGCAAAAGAAGGUACCAAUGAAAAGCUGGGUUGGGGCUCAUCGUCCUAUAACGUGUCAAAGGUCGCUGUGUGCGCUCUUGGCUUCAUCCAUCAACGGCAGUUUGACGCAGAUCUAAGGGAGGACCUGAUUGUGAACAGUGUUCAUCCCGGAUACGUAAAUACCGAUAUGACCAAACACAAAGGCCCGCUUACACCUGAUCAAGGUGCAGAUGCUCCAGCUUAUCUAGCCAUGUUACCCGCUAAAGACUUGUCAAAUCCAAAAGGACAAUUCGUUUGGUAUACCAGAAAAGUCGUUCAGUGGGAUAGUGAAACGAUGCCUACAGGUUAAAACUUCUAUACUAGUUCGUAGUUUAUAUAACUUGUUGUUUGAUGAUACACUUUCUUGUGCAUCUUUGUUAUUUAGCAUUUCUAUAGCUAUGCAUCUGUUUGAUUAUUAUAAAUAGAUAAGUGAAACUUUUUGAAAAAAACCUCCUUCACACACAUCCUAAACUUAAGUGUAUAUAUUUAUAUAUACUAUUAUUGACCACUCAAAUAAAGCCACCUACAGGUUGAAUUUUAUUGAAGAUAU